UUAGGGUUUUAGAAAACCCGAAUUAUGCCACAUUUGGGUAAAGCAAACAGGCGUCUUUACGGUUUUUUGGCGCAAAUUUUCUUUAAUUUGAGAGAGAAAUCAUAGAGAGAUGGACGCAUCGAAGCUUCUAAAGGAGAAGAAAUUCUGGUUCGCAUCAGUCCUCGUCGUUUGGGCUGCAGCACUUCAGGGCCACAUGAUGUGGAUCAAGAAGCAGGACGCUUUCAAGCAAAAGUUUGGGGACCCCAUCGACGCGAAAGAGGAUCUCGGGGUCGAGAGGGAAGAGGGGAAGAAGAACAGUGAGUUGCUCGAGGACUGAUUCGAUCCCGAACCGCAAUAUCUUGAGGCCUGGAUGUGCAUGAGGUGUCGACCGCUAUAGUGUGUGGAAUUUCAUCUUGGCAUGUUUGGGAUCGAUCCGUGAAGUUAACUACUUGGUUCUUGGUAGCAACUUGGCAAAGUCAAUGAGCUGUCAUUUCUUUCUUGUGAAACCUCAUUUUGGAAAUCUUUAGUACACUUCAAAUGCUUUGAUUCAAACAUGUACUUAACUUAUGAUGCUAUCAUCACGCCCUAUAUACGGUAUAGAAGAUUGAUUACACUCUGUCCCUCUUACAACAAGAACACGGCCUAGUUUUGGUCAGAAGAUGCGGUAUUGAUUGAUAUAUAUUCAGUUUGAUUCUUAACUGAAUCAGUUUAUGUGCAUCAGAUAGAUGCAAAUUUUUUUGUCACA